UAUAAAUAUUCCAACUGUCAAAUGAAUGAUUGGACUGUCUUUUCUUGUGCUCGUAUAAUUUCAAAUUUUAGAUUAAUUUGGGAUGAUAUGUUGCUCCUGAUUGAUAUUAGCUAAAACUGUUAUGAACUUAUUGAUUACAUAGUAAAUUGCGAUGAUAAGAUGAUUCCUUUAAAAGAUAACCAAGAUGUGGCAUCAUUCCUUGUCACAAAACAUUCUUGGAAAGGAAAGUAUAAAAGGGUGUUUUCUGUGGGCACCCAUGGUAUCACCACAUAUAAUCCAGAUCGCUUGGAGGUGACCAACAAGUGGCUUUACUCAGAUGUCAUAACUGUCUCCUCUUCAAAGCACUCAAACUCUGUUGCCAACCAUGACUUUACACUUGUCAUGAAAAAGGAGAAAAAAGUCUCAAACUCAAACUCUAUGAAGUUUUCCUCUGAACACAAGUGUCUCAUAUUAACAGAGGCAUUUAAAUACAGACACCUAUUUGCUGAGAAACCUAAAGAUAUUUAUAGAUAUCAAGCUUACAAGCAUCAUUGGAGUGGUACUCGGUUGCCAAUAGUUCUUGAAGUUGGGCCAUGUGCUUUGGACCAGCUUGACCCAUCCACACACACACUUUUGGCGAGCUAUCCAUAUUGUGACAUCCAGGGUAUACUUGAGGUCAGAGAUGUUCCUGGAGGCUUCGUCUUGGCAGUUGGGGGCUACAGCCGGCUUCAUUUGUUUUCCAACUCAAUGGAACACCAAAUGAUCAUUAACAAGAUGUUAGAGAUGGCUAAUUUAACCCUCAGCAUAAGCAUAAAAGUGUUGUCAACUACCAUCACUUUGGAUGACUAUCACAACCAAAGAUUUGGAAAAUACAGUGGUGAUCAGCAUCAGACAUCUCUCAGCGAGUUUAUGGUGCACAAAGUGAACCCCGCGCGUCACAUGGAGCCUAUGCGACGCACCUUAUGCCUGUCCGACACUUGCAUACUAGAGAGAGAUCCACAGACUUAUUCGGUGGUCUGCCUUCGGCCUUUGAGCGACGUAUUCGCCUUAGUCAGAGAUCCAGAGCAUCCACAAAAGUUCUCUAUAGAAUAUCUCAAUGGCCAAAUUCGCACUUACCUUGCAGGAGAGAGGGACGCACUGGUCGCGUCGUUGCUUGACGGCGUCCGCGGGGCGGGGCAACGCGACGUCCACGUGCGGUCCACUCCAACGCCGCGCGGCCGUCGCCUUGGGCCGUUACACAUGCCCGUCGACGAGGAAACAGAGUCCAACCACUUGAGGUUAUUCCAAAACCCAGUAGGCAUGUGUAGAGCGGAAGUGAUAGAGAGAUUCAACGCUAACGUUGGCUACAGCGGCCUCAACUACUCCGUCAGUCAGGACCGACUAUUCGCCGAGAACAAGGAGAAGUUGAUAACGGGUGCUCUGAAUGCUCUCGUGGCUAGUGCCGCGUCUGGGGGGACGUUACCACCGAGAGAGUUGGAGGCGCAAUUUCACGCGUUACGCCGUUUGUGCGCUAGCAAAGUCGGUUUCGCUGCGUUCACAGCGCUACCUGGUUUCCGCGAAUGGAUCGGUACAGCGGUAGUUAGCGCAUUACGCCGCGGUUCUGCUGCUUGCUCUCACGCGGCCUUAGACGCAGUAUGCGCUCUCAUGCAACCGAUGCACCAAGAACCGGAUCUUAGGCAAGAACAACUGAAUAAGGCCAGCAUGCUGUCAUCUACGGCGUUCUUGGAAGGACUACUCACUAUGUGGGCGGAGCAUGUGACGUCCGGUAGUGGGGCAUUAGUGGUAGCGGCGAUGCUGGAUUUCCUAACGUUUGCACUUUGCGUGCCGUACAGUGAGACCACAGACGGCAAGCAAUUCGAUCAGCUACUGGAAAUGGUCGCCAAUAAAGGCCGUGUCCUCUUCAAAUUGUUCGAGCACCCGUCAAUGGCGAUAGUGAAAGGCGCGGGUUUGGUGAUGCGCGCGUUGAUUGAAGAGGGGGGUGGUUCAGUUGGGGCUCGGAUGCAAGCCUUAGCUCUGGCCGAAGCCGCGUUACCUCGUCAUUUGCUGUCGGCUUUGUAUGCGCCGGCGAGGCUUCAUCAUCGCCAUUUAGCAAGACAUCUGGUGGCACUGUGGUUGGUGGAGCAUGCGCCGGCGCACAAUUUGCUGCGUCGAAUUAUGCCGUCGGGUUUGCUCGCGUUCCUGGAGUCGACAGAGGUGCCCCCUGCCGCGGCUUUAGAGGAGGAGCGCGUGGAUGAAAGAGACAACCUACAGCUGGCUCAGCAGACUAUCAAACAACGCGCCCCGCAUUGGGAGGCGCUCGAGAGACAAGUUAAAUAUGUCGAGAAACAUUUGGAGCACUACGCCGCCCUAGCGCUUCAACAUUGGGCACAGAAGACUGGGCGCGGGGCCAACACUGCCGCGAACGCUACAAAAGAAGCCAAGGAGAGACCAGUUGUGUUACGCAGACGGAGAGAAAGACUCAAAUCUACGGCGAAUUGGCCUCUGUUCUACUUUCAGUUCCAUAAGGACCACGCACUUCCGAAUCUCAUAUGGAAUCACACGACUCGUGAAGAACUCCGCAACGCGUUAGAAAGCGAAUUGCGCGCUUUCAUGUGCGAUCGUGAAGCAGCCGGCAAUACAUUGACCUCUUGGAACCACGCCGAGCUGGAGGUCCACUACCAGUGUCUGCAGAACGAGGUCAAGAUCGGAGACUACUACCUCAGAAUACUGCUGGAACAGCGCGACAACGACGACAGCCCCAUAAGAAAGUCAUACGAAUUCUUCAAUGACCUUUACCAUCGAUUUCUGUCCACGCCCAAAGUAGAAAUGAAGUGCAUGUGCCUCCAGGCUAUGAGCAUAGUCUACGGCAGAUACUUUGAGGAUAUUGGACCUUUCGCCGACACCAAAUACAUAGUUCAAAUGUUAGACAGAACUUGUGAUAGAAUGGAGAGAGAUAGAUUAGUUCAAUUUCUGUCUAAACUUAUUCUGCAUAGGAGAAACGUCAGCGAGAUAUUGGAAUGGAAUGGAAUCAGGAUCCUAGUGGAACUGAUGACUUUGGCCCACUUGCACACAUCAAGGGCGACAGUUCCCGCCCAAAGCAAUGUGAUAGAAGGCCCUUCGCAACAGGGCGGCGGCGACCGGGAGUGGUAUUACAACUUGGAACAAGGGGACAAGGUGCAGAGAAUGGGGCCAGUUAGCUUCCAACAACUUAAAGACUUGUACAAGUCCGGGGAGAUCAACAACAAGACCAAGUGCUGGGCGAACAGCAUGGAGGGUUGGCGGGCCGUGGGCUCGGUGCCGCAGCUCAAGUGGAGCUUGGUGGCGCGAGGCACCGCGGUCUUAGACGAGAGUGCUUUAGCGGCCACUGUACUCGACCUGCUGAUUACUUGCGCCAGAUAUUACCCGAGCAGGGAUGAAGAAGAUGCUGUUAUAAGGCCACUUCCUAAAGUGAAGAGAAUGCUUUCUGAGCCUGCUUGUUUGGCGCACGUUGUCCAGUUACUACUUACGUUUGAUCCCAUUCUCGUCGAGAAAGUGGCAACUCUUCUAUAUGAAAUAAUGCAAGACAACCCGGAGAUAUCAAAGCUGUACCUAACCGGAGUAUUCUACUUCAUGCUUCUGUACACGGGCUCGAAUCUACUGCCCAUCGCCAGGUUCCUGCGCCUCACGCACAUGAAGCAAGCGUUUAGAGCUGAUCAAACAACUUCGGACAUAAUGCAGCGAUCGGUUCUCGGGCAACUUUUGCCUGAAGCGAUGGUUUGCUAUCUAGAGAACCACGGCGCAGACAAAUUCGCGCAGAUCUUCUUAGGAGAGUGGGAUACGCCUGAGGCGAUUUGGAAUUCAGAAAUGAGACGCAUACUAAUAAUGAAGGUAGCGGCACAUAUAGGCGAGUUUACGCCUCGUCUACGAGCACAUGUCGCCGCCCGUUACCCGUACUUAGCUAUACCGGCUGUACGAUACCCGCACUUAGAACGGGAGCUAUUCUGCAACGUGUUCUAUCUACGGCAUCUUUGCGAUACUCAUCGCUUCCCCGACUGGCCUAUACCGGAUCCGGUGGCGUUAUUAAAGGAUGUCUUAGAAGCGUGGCGACGUGAAGUAGAAAAGAAGCCGCCGUCGAUGACAGCCAGCGAGGCGUACGCCGCUCUGGGACUGACCGGAACCAACCACGACGAAGCGGCCGUGCGGAAGGCUUAUUAUCGACUCGCACAGCAGUAUCACCCGGACAAGAACCCAGAAGGACGGGAUCGUUUCGAAGCUGUGAAUCAAGCGUAUGAAUUCCUCUGCAGCAGAAACGUAUGGACGGGCGACGGGCCAAACGCCAACAACAUUGUCCUCAUACUGCGCACACAGACUAUAUUGUUCAGGAGGUAUUCGGAUGUAUUAGCGCCGUACAAAUACGCCGGCUACCCGCAAUUGCUCCGCACGGCCCGCUUAGAAGCGGAAGCUGAGCAGCUGUUCGCCCAAGGAGACGCGCCCGCCUUACUUCCGGCCGCGUGUGAAUUGGCGCACGCCACUGUCAGCUGUUCCGCGCUCAAUGCCGAAGAACUGAGGCGCGAGGGAGGCUUACAGGUGUUGCAUGAGGCUAUGUCCCGCUGCGUGGCGGUGUUGUCAGACAGCACGCGGCCCGGCGACAUCGGCGCGGCGGUGUGCGGCCACUGCGCACGUUGCUUUGCCGUCGCCGCCGGCUUUGAUGAAUGCCGCCGCGUGUGCGCCGAGAUGCCGCAGCUUUGCGCUGAUCUCGUGCCGCUGCUCAGGAGACCGCAUUUGGCUGACACUGCAUGCGCGGGCGCCGAAGCAGUGGCUGCAUUAGCAGCGUCGGAGACUUGCCGUUCGUUACUGGCCCGCGCGGGGGCGCUGCACGCGUUACUGCCUGCUGUACUGCAAUACGACUACACUCUCACAGAAUCGGGAGUAGAAGCAGCCCCUCAGGCCAAUAAGCAGGAGGAGGCUAAUCAACUAGCGAAACAAUGCGUCAUAGCUUUAGCGGCUAUGUACGGUCCGCACGAGGAACAAACUCCAGACGAUGCGAGAAUUCAAGACGCGCUGCACACAUUACUGACGCCGUAUCUGUGCAGGCGAUUAGCGGAGCCGGACCAACAUGAAUUACUUAAAACGCUAACGUCGAACUGGCGCAAUCCAUACUUAGUAUGGGACAACAGCACUCGCGCGGAACUCCAGGACACGUUGAAGAAUACGCGUUUAUCUGAAGACGAAGAAGGUCCGUUGGUAGAACCCCUAGUUUACUCCGCUCACGAGGGACUCGUCAGUGUGGGUGGCGUGUAUAUUGAUAUUUACAACGAGCAACCUGACUGGCCGGUGGAGAAUCCUCAACAGUUAAUCUUGGACUUGCUGAAGUUCAUAGAGGAACAAACUAAGAUGGACAUGACGCAAGAUAGAGUGGAACACCUCACGUUGGCUCUUACUGCCAUUGCCAACGUGAUUAUCAAGAAUCCAGGUGUAGAGAUCCAGUGCAUAGGGCAAUUCGGUCUGAUCUUCGGCCUACUAUCAGCCCGCUCGCAGCCUCAGCUGCAAUCGGCAGCGCUGCAAGCGGUACGCGCGGCCGCUGGAAGUCGCGAGUGUGUGGAAGACAUCGCUGCGAGCGCUGUGCUUGGGCACCUUCUAGCGCUGCUGCCGCUAGCCAGGCUAUCUGCGGGGGAUGCGGCGGCAGCACUGGCGGCGCUGGCAGCGCUGUUGGCUAACACGGCGCUUGUGAGGGAGGCGCUCGCUAAGGGAGGUGUGAUAUAUUUAUUGGAUUUGUUUUGCAAUAGCAAGAUCCCAGAAACAAGAGAAGCUGCGGUGGAAUUACUAGCGCGCAUGAUGGCGGAUAAACUGCAUGGACCAAAGGUCCGUCUGACGAUAUCGCGGUACAUGCCUGGCGUAUUCGCCGAAGCCAUGCGUGAAGGCGCAGCCGCUAGCGCGGUACACAUGUUCGAUGCCCAGCACGAACACCCAGAGUUGGUGUGGAGCGAUGAAACUAGGCUUAGGGUGGCCAUGCAUCUUGCCCAACUGAGAGAUAGACACCAAUCCACGCAACUCCGCGAUCCGAACGCUACAUUCGAAGACCGGGAGACUCUGGAACGCAGUGCGGCCGGAGCGGGGGUAGAAUGGGCCCCGCCAGGGGAAGUGGUGGUGGGGGGAGUAUACCUGAAGCUGUUUCUGCAGCACCCUCACUGGGCUCUGCGGAGCCCUAAGCGAUUCCUGCAAGAACUGCUGACGGAGACAUUAGCUGCAUUAGCUAAGGAUAGCUCUGAGGGCAGUCGUGGUUCAGUUUGUGCGGCUGCAUUGGCGGCGCUGGUCCGGGCUCGUCCCGCGUUGGGUGAAGCUUGCGCGUCCUUAGGAGAGCUGCCGAGACUGGCCCGACUAUUGCCGACUUGUCCCGAACACUGCGUGCCUAUACUGGCUGCGCUGGUGCACACGCAGGCGUGUGUAGUGGCAUUAUGUCAGACGGACGUGAUGGCCGGCUUAAAGGGCGCCAUUAAGGCGAGUCGCGAAGUGAUCGGCUGCGCUUGCGAAGCGCUCGCCACGAUAUUCAAUACAAACGUCAACACUGAUCGCCUGGUGUCACAGGCUUUGGAGACAGAUCUGAUCUCGGAGUUGCUGUCGUUACUGGAGGGGCGUCUCGACGGGCAGACGGCGGCGCAGUUAGUGGGAGCUUUGAAGGCGAUGGCGCAGUCCCCCUUACACGGGGAACGCGUCCGCGCGCUACUGAGUCGCAGCCGCGUCUGGGAGCAAUACGCCACGCAGCGGCACGACUUGUUUAUUUCCGCGCCCGCGCCGCCCCCCUCCCUCACGGGUGCACCUCACACGGCUGGAUACCUAACAGCGCCGCCGUCGAAUAUUCCCGCGCAGCCGCCGCCCAUAGACUGACCGAAAACUACGCAACAAUCCCCUCCACAUCGCUCGCGUAAGCGCAACGCUAUACUAUGACACUAACACUAAAACAUUUCGUAUGUCGGAUAACGUGACGCUGGCAAAAUCAUCCCUAAACAAAAGGAGUGGGUUGCCAUUUGAAAAAUAAGAGGAACACAUUUAUAGCAGGCCAUAUACGGCGGACAGGAAAUUCUCUCGCGAUCUUUGUCUGAGAAGGUCGGAAUAAUGCUUACGGCCGUGCAUUAUGGUAUAGAUAUAGACGCUUGCAAUACCAACGCCUUAGCAUGAGCACCGUAAUAUGAUAUAUGGCUCGUUUUUAUCACGCUAACUUGUCAAACUACUAUAGACUUUGACAGUUAGACGUGAUAAAAACGUGAUAUAAUGUGUAUCGGGGUGCUCAUGCUAGGGGACAGGAAGUAAAAUGGAACUGGAUUUAAUAGCCUUUAUUCGUGAGGAACUAACUCGCUGCUGGUAACAUUAUAAAAAUUGUUUUAGAGAAUAGUAUUAUGUAACGUUCAUUUUAAGGUGAUCUAACUUACUCUACUAUCGGAGAUCACACCGCGGAUUCUGACUGCUGUAGUAUCGGAUUAUUGUAGUAUCUGCAAACAUGAGUUCUAUUAAGGAGAGGCUAUUGGCGUCUUAAAUGUUGUUAUUGCAUCGACAAUUUCCCGGCAGAAAUAUUGUCGUUGGGCAUACUUGUCAAGUCAUCUGCACUCGGCCUUAUAAAGCCUUGGUUACACUGAUGACAUGAUUACUUUUUCAUUUCAAAUAAAUCUGUAUAAUACCGCCUGUUAUGAUUCGUUUUAAACUGUCCCUUAAUUAGUACCAGUUCAAAACCAAUAGAUUUUUUUUGAAUAAAUGUAGAAUGAUUAGAAUGACAGAUGUGGAAGACCUUUGGCGAUAUUUUACCCGUUAUUAUUAUUAGAAAUGAGUAGAUAGACAUAUAUUAGUUAGACAUUUAUUGUAAUUAAAUGAAAAGCGAGAAUUACUGAAUUCGUGUAUUUAUCUGAAAAUACUGCCCGACCUUAAUUCACGCAAUGAAAAAUGCGUGUGCUUAGAGUAUGUCUGUCAUUAUAAUCAUGCUAAAUUCUGAUGACUAUGAUUUUAUCAAAUUUCCUAUUUCAUAUUCAAAUGGCACAUCAAGUAUCAAAACAAAAAAAAAAACAAACAUCGAAACUAUUUAUAACCAUUUUUAAAUUAAACAAAUUUGACAGAGUAACUUAAUUUUCUGUUUUCUUCCUAAGAAUAAUAAAAAUAUAAAUAAAAUAUGCAAGGUAAUAAAUGUAAAAAAAAAAAUACGAAACGGCUGAUAGACAUUGUAUUGAUAAUAAAUUGGCCGUAUCUAA